AUGUCUACUCUGGAAUACUGUCAAGAAAUCACAACACGUUGCAGAUCUUCAUGGCAAAACGUUCACAACUGUAAACUAUGUUCCUAUUUUACUACUUCGCUUUUCUUUAUUGUGAACCACGUGAGACGACACCGUUCAUCUGCGGAGGAAUUUACUUGCGACAACGCCAAAAUUGAAGCUUAUUACUGUAAAGACUGUGAUUAUAAGACGGAACUGACAGUUUUGUUCAAACAACACAUUUAUAAACAUCACGGCCUUAAGAGAGAAUCUGAAAAGGUUUUUUCAAGUGAGGAUUUCCGCAUACAAACCUACGUUUGCCAAAAAUGCGACUUUGAAACAAAUCUCUCGUUGAACUGGCUUCAACAUACUUUAACGUGUACGAGAAAUAAAGAAAAUCUUCAUAAUGUGAACUUUUCAGAAGAGAAGAUUACAAACAAUUCCGACUUUAAGCAAACUGACGAAAUACCUUGGUGUUACUGUGCUGAGUGCUCCUAUAAAACUAAACUCAAAAAAUAUUUAAAACUUCACAUUAAAAAUAGCCAUUCGCUCAAACGGUAUGCUUGCGACAAGUGUCCAUAUAAAACUAGACGUAAAGCAAAUUUAAGACUCCAUAUAAAUGCAAUCCACUUAGAUGAACACGACAUUGAAUGGCACAAGUGCCAAAAAUGUCCAUUCAAGACCAAAGCAAAAUCUAAUUUAAAAAAGCACAUAAAGAACUUACACUUGAACGACGAAGACGUUAAAUGGCACAAUUGCAAUGAGUGUUCUUUUAAAACUAAGCAUAAAAGAUCCUUAGACGUGCACGUAGGAGUAAAACAUCUAGAUGAAGAAAAAAUUAAAUGGUAUGCAUGUGAAAAUUGCCCGUACAAAGCUAAACGGGCGGCGUAUUUAAGAAGUCAUCUAUUUAAUAAGCAUUUGAGUGAUAGGGAAAUUAAGUGGUACAAAUGUGGAGACUGUUCAUUCAAAUGUAAAAUAAAAAGUGGUUUAACAAGGCAUGUAAAGAGGCAUUUGAAGAUCAAAUAG